GCACCUGUCAUGCAAUGCGAUUAUUCACACCGUCUGUAGUGGAGAUUAUUCAGUUCAGCUUCCCCCUCUCACUUGCAGCAAAACAGAUUGACAGCCCUAUCGGAAUAAUGGAAGGGCCGAAAUGUCCUCCGUGGCUGUGCUCACAUUUUCUAUUUUUCUGCCCCCAAGUGGCUGCAAUGGUUGCGCCGCGCAUAUCGACACGUCAAAAUUACCUCAGCUUCUUUGAUUUCGGAGACACCUCCAGGCCAGAUCCCAGACAUUUGGAACCGAUUUACAUGGGGGCUAGAAAUUCCACAAGUUAGAAGUGAUGGAGUGGAGAAUGUUGUACGGGCCUUACCGAGCGAUAGGCGAGGUUCCAUACUUUUUUGAGGACUCUUUUUCAUCAUCGCAUGUUGGACAGUCAGCCCACUCUGAGAGUAUGGCGACUAUACCGUCUUUUAUAUUAUGACUCGAAGCUGACUUUGAGUUGUUUCAUCUGAUCGUCAAUUUGUCUCCCCAUCGCCCCUCACCAUGCGCCUGUCGUUUUUGUUGGCCAGUUUGGCUUGUUUACUUUCCCUUUCUGUCGCUCAGUCUAUCGGUGCUUUUUACACAGGUGGAGGUCCUACGGUCAUCAAACUCAAUGGAAAUUCCGGAAACUUCUCCUACAAUGUCUACAAGGCAACUGGAUUCAGUGACGAAUGGUCAUCAUUUGCUCCAACAUUCCCACCUGUGAAUGGAACACCAAUGGCAGUAACCGGAUUUAGCAGCCCUUCAGCCGUUUAUGGAUCAGUCUUUUAUCAGACUCGAAAUAACAGUCUGUCUCAGCAACUUUUCAAGUGCUGGUAUUCCUCAGGUGACUGCCUUAACUAUGGAGGGUUCAUAAUAUCCUCCAAGGUUACAGUACCUGUGAAACAAGGAACAGGGUUAUCGGUAGCCUUGCUGUCUACGAACUUUGGAUAUCGUGUGACUUACGAGGAUAUACAUGGCUCUAUUCGACAAUUGAGUUACUCGAACACUACUGAAGGGGUUGUCACCUAUUGGAAUGAUGGGGCUCUCGUCAAAAAUGGUACAACAAGAAACUCGUCUGCCUUGGCAACGACAUACCUUCCAAGUGUCAAUGACACGAUCCCGGCAGAGCAAACAAUAUACCAAGUCAGCGAUGAUCAAAUUCUGUCUGUAACCAACAAGAAUACAACGUUUAUCAACCAGACGUCAUCUUGGAGCCAAGGUACUACUCUUCCUGCCAUGCCGAAUUGGAGUCCUGAGAGUGGAAAAUUCUCGACAAUACUAUACAACUCAUGGAACAUGCUUUUCUACAUUGACACAAACAGACAGCUGCAAUGGGUUUGGUCUAACGAUGGUGCUCAGACAUGGCAUGCUCAGCCCCUCAUGGAGACAUCAACCUGGCCACUGGCAGACACACCCAACGCUCCUGUGGCUGCUACCACAUCCGUCAAUGCGUCUGAUAAUUCUGCUUCCGUCUUCUACAUCUCGAAUGGGAAGAUGAUCCAAUCUGUCAUGACGAACUGGUCAUGGGCUCCAUAUUCGAUCGUCCAGGCACCGCUUCCCUCAAAUAUCACAGAGAUUAUUAGCCGACCUAACAAUUCCCGGACAAUCACGAUCGGCGCAUCAACGGGAGUGAGCGUAGGAUUUCUAAUCGUCGUUGCCGUGGCUGCCUGGUACAUCAAACGUCGAAAGCAAGCCCUUCAACGCGCAGCUCUUGAAUAUUCAAACUCUGAGAGUAGAGACAGCUGGAAAGAAAACGAGUUUGCAUAUCAAGGAGGCAAAGCGGAGUUAAGCGGACUUCCCUCGCCGAGAUCUGAACUCGAUCAUGACCCAGAUUGUAAGCUUCUUCAUCAACUGCAGGUGCAGCGAAUGUAUGAAGCGACAGGCAUUGUGCCGGCGGAGUUGCAGAACUGUGAAACGAAGGCACUGGAGUUGGAUCACACACAUUGCAAGUAUGAACUAGAUGCUUCGCUUGUGUGUGAAUUGCCUGCAGGGCGGGACGAUGAGAAGCGAGACAGUGAGAUAAAUAGCUCGGAAACGCAAAAGAGGGAAGGCUCUGAGAGCCAUGUUUCGGUGAAAGAAGGGAAAGAAUUGCCGCAUUGGAGUUGGGACAUAUUGAGGCGAGAGAGAAAGAAACAAGAUAGUGGAACGGAAAGUCUGGAUUUGGAAAGAGGGUGAGCAAGAUAAGGUCAAGGCAGAAGGACAGGGAUAAAUGACUACAGGGCAUACAGUACUAAGAAUUAGAUCUCAA